AUGGAGGGUAGGGAGCUCUUGGACGACUCGCUGUUCGCCGCGCGCGCCAUAGGGCGAGAGUCGCGCGACGCGGCGGCGCGCGCGAGUCAACGCGUCGGCGCGGCGGUGGCGUCGUGGAGCGCGGCGAGCGGCGGCGUGACGUUUCGAGAGCACGCGGCGGCGGCGACGUUUGUCACCGCGGACAGGGAGACGCUCGUGACCGCGGACGCGCUCGGGUGCGUGUUCGCGCGGGAUUUCGGGCCGGAGAGGGUGGAUGGGGGCGGGGAGCGGUCCUUCGGCAGGGACCGAGCGUCGCGAAGAGGCGGAGGAUGGCGAUGA